ACACAGAGAGAGAUACACAGAGAGAGACACACAGCGAGAGACACAGCGAGAGACACACAGAGAGAGAGAGGCACACAGAGAGAGAGAGAGAGGCACACAGAGAGAGACACAGAGAGACGCACGAAUCCAGCCACUCUAACAUAUCGCUCGAACCUACACACACACACGCUCGAACCUACACUCACCGCUACACGCGAUCCACCAUACACUCGCUCAGCGUCACCAUUCACUCGCCAAUACUCGGUGCACACCGCACCUCCGAUCAGCACGGUCGGCUCUACGUACGGUGCGAAAGAAGUUCGUCGUACAUUUCAUGCGACACUCGAUCCACGGCACCCCUCCAAGUAAUACUGCAAGUACUUAACGCGCAUACUCCGACGUACACUCACUGGCACACACUUUAACGUUGUACGUUCUCUCUGCCAGACCGACACACGCACAACACAACCUCAUCCACACCAACACAGGCCAAGAGCACACACAGACUCUCGCUUAGCUUGGACACACACACACGCAGUGGCAUCAUUUACGUCUCCUAUACGCCGCGCACUCACACUCAAGACUUUCGCAGACCAACUCACAAUACACAGCCGCACACACCCUCUCACGUUACUCAUAACACACACACACACUUCCCAUAAUAGCCCGGUUGGCUGGCUAGGUAGGGUGCGAAAGACGUUCACACACCCACACUGCUCUUCACUCCAUCACAGAUCUCAGCGACUCCCGCCAUGCCUCCUGUCGGAGGUCUGCGUGCGGUCUACAGGACGGCAGCUUCGAGGAGCGGUCACAUCUUGAGCGUGGCCGCUAGCAGUGGGCCCUCUUCAGUCGACGUGUCCAGCACUCAUCACCAACACUACCACCACCACCAACAACAACAUCAGCAACACCAGCAGCAGCAGCAGCAGAGGAAUUACCAUUGCCAUCAACAACAUCAGCAGCAGCAGCAGCACCUCCAGCACAAUGGCCACCACCACCACCACCACUGUGGACACCUUCACCAGCAGAUACGAAUGCAGAGCCGUGGCGCCGGUCUCGUCGGCACUGGGGGCCCCACGGGGCAAUGCCCCCACGUCAGCCCGUUCACGUCCUGCUCGACCCCAAUGGCAGAAGGUGGAAGAGGUGGUGGAGGUGGUGGAGGUGGUGGAGGUGGUGGUGACGACAGGACAGCCCCGGAGCAGAAGCCAGAGUUCCUGAGGCAGCAAUACGCGCGGCUCAAGCACGUGGUCAGCGAGAUGGUGCCCCCCACGAUCUGCCAAGCCCAAAGCGCGUCCUCCAUCUUCGCCAACAACGAGCUGAGCCUGGCGAGCGUGCAGGUCUACGGCUUCGACUACGACUACACGCUCGCAUUCUACUCCAACGAGCUGCACGCCAAGAUCUUCAGCACGGCCCUUGACAUCCUGCUGUCCGAGUACAAGUACCCAGAGGAGCUGCGUGCCUACGCAUAUUUGCCGGGCUUUGCCAUCAGGGGCCUUCACUACGAUGUCCAGAAGGCUCUGCUCAUGAAGAUCGACGCUUUCCACUACAUCCAGCCGGGCACCGUAUACAGGGGCCUGAGCCCCGUGUCGGAGGAGGAGGUUCGCUCGCUGUACGAUGGCACGCACGUCCCGCUCGACCAGAUGAGCGACUUCUACGGCAAGGGGAGCUCCAUGAAGCAGUUCAUGGACAUCUUCUCGCUGCCCGAGAUGAUGCUGCUGUCCUGCGUCAACGACUACUUCCUGAGCAACAACAUCGACUACGACCCCGUCCACCUCUACAAGGACGUGACGGAUUCGGUGAAGGAUGUCCACACCAGGGGAGUGAUGUACAAGUUGAUUGAAAAGGAUCUCGAGCGCUACAUCCUGCACGGCAAGGAGACCCACGACAUCCUUCACAAGCUGACCGCCAGCGGCAAGAAGCUCUUCCUCAUCACCAACAGCCCCUUCAGCUUCGUUGACAAGGGCAUGCGGUACAUGGUGGGGAAGGACUGGAGGGACCUCUUUGACGUGGUCAUCGUGAAGGCCGACAAGCCGAGCUUCUUCAACGACAAGCGGAAACCGUUCCGCCGGCUGGACGCGCAGGGUGGACUGCAGUGGGAUCGCAUCACGGCUCUCCACAAGGGCGAGGUUUACAAGCAGGGCAACCUCUACGAGUUCAUGCGGCUCACUGGCUGGGUGGGCUCCCACGUGCUGUACUUCGGGGACCACAUCUACAGCGACCUCGCGGACCUGACGCUGCGGCACGGCUGGAGGACGGGCGCCAUCAUCCCGGAGCUGCGCGACGAGAUCAACACCAUCAACUCGGCCGAGUACACGCGCCAGCUCACCUGGCUGCAGGCGCUCACGGGGCUCAUCGACCGCAUGCAGGUUUACCGGAGCCCCGAGUGCCUCGAGGUCGUGCAAGAGUGGGACCGUGAGCGCCAGGAGCUCCGAACGGUGACCAAGAGCCUGUUCAACCCCCAGUUCGGCAGCCUCUUCCGCACGCACCAGAACCCGACGUACUUCAACCGGCGGCUGUCGCGCUUCGCCGACGUCUACAUGACGUGCGUGAGCUGCCUGCUCAACUACGACCUGCAGCACACCUUCUUCCCGCGCCGCGCGCCGCUCCAGCACGAGGCGCCGCUCUGGCUGGACCAGCUGUGCAUCGGCUGCCUGGGCCUCCCCCGCCGGGAGCCGGCCGCCUCUGCCGCAGCCGCCGGUCCCACCGCCGCCACGCAGCAGGAGCGGCAGUGACGGGGCGCUCGGUCCGCGCGCGGUCGACGCGAGCGUGAGAGCGUGCGAGCGUGAGCGUGAGAGC